AUGAGUGAGCAGCGUCCUGAUAAAUUUGAGCCCAUUUUGAUGGAUGAGGAGAUCCUGAAGGAAGCAAUAGAGAAGAAUCGUCCUAAAGAUGCGGCUGGGCGUACUGUCAAGGUGGAGGGAGUCACCUUUAAUGAUAUUCCUACACUAUGUCUGCAAUUCAGAAGCAUCCUGAAGAUUGACCACCUUUGGGAAUUCACAUGCUUAACCAAACUUGAAUUGAACAACAACCUCAUAAAGAAGAUUGAGGGUCUGGACUGUCUGCUUAAUCUGACAUGGCUCAAUCUGUCGUUCAAUAGCAUCGAGAAAAUUGAGGGUCUGGAGUCUCUGCGGAAGCUAGAAGUGCUGAAUUUGUCCAACAACCGAAUCACUGUGAUUGAAAACAUGGACACACUUGAGAGUCUAACUCUUUUCUGCCUUAAAAACAACCUCCUCGGACAGUUGGACAAUGUGCUCUAUCUCACGAAGUUUAAGAACCUCUUCACCCUCAACCUAUGUGGUAAUCCUGUCUCUAAGGAGGAUGAUUUCAAAGUUUUCAUUACUGCCUACUUCCCAAACAUGAAGUUCCUAGACUACCGAUAUAUUGAUGAGAAGACAAAAAAGGAGGCAUCUAUAAAAUACCACUACGUCCUUGAGAAAAUCAAACGUGAUGGCUUGCAGGCGCAACAAGCUGCUGAAGCUACACAAAGACAGGAAGCUGAACUACAAUUACACCACGAUGCAUUUGUGGAGUUCUUGAAUGGGUCUUAUCUGUUUAAAGACAUGCUCAAAGAUGAUCUAGAGGCAGACAAACUACACCACCUGCCAGGAGUGGCUACUCUGCUUCACGCGUUUGAGCAUCAAAUGGUGGAGCUGUGUAUGCAGCUAUUUGAAAUAGGCCUGGCUGAGCAUAAGCGGAGACAAACAGAGGUGAACUCCUUCUUCAGUGGUCACUCUGAAGCUGUGCCGCACUACCAGCACAAAGCAUCACAAAUAUUGGUAAACUUUGAGCAGCAAAACAAAGAGAGAUUAGAAGAGAUGCAGCACUUAACAGAACCAGAACUACUGAAGCUCAAGGUCAAUCAAUGCAAUGAUGAAAUCAACCUACUCUGUAACAACCUUACCAUGCUGGAUUUUCAGCUGGUCAGCCAGCUGGAGGAUAUCACCAAAAAGUUUGACAUCAACAUCUCAGAAAUGGUUGGGAGCUUCAGUGAAACAGCUCAAGGGAUAUUUGCCCAAUGUCGAGAUCUGGAAGAUAACUAUAAUGAGAAGGUGAGAGAGAUUGCUGUAGCCACUCUGGAGAAAGUAGCCAAGGGCAGCACAGAGGGCAUGCCAGAUGAUGUUAGAAUGCUGUUUACAGACAAAGACACCGUGAUGGAUGCACUGACCUCCGGCCACGAUAACCACCUGAUGAAGAUCAAUGACCGAGAGACUCGGUUGGUUACAUGUGUCAAUGCCUGGAAAGUGGCCCUCGUUAAAGGGAUUCAAGACAAAGAACUUAAGCGGAGCCGCAUGCGCAUCUCAGGCAUCCACCGAUAUAUGGACUAUUUGAGGGAGCAGUUAGAAGAGCUCCAGUAG